AAAAGAUGACGUCACACAAAAUAGAGGACCUUCACACGGCUUUGCUCGACAAGCUGCUGUCGGAAUCAGGUCUCGAGUGCCAGAGGUCGCUGGUGGAAUCUGAAAUAUCCGAGAUCGUGCCUGAAGAGACAGAGGAGCAGGUGGCAGCCGAAGAAAAAGCUGAAGGUCUGGCCGAAGCCUUGGGAGAGGAAGAAGCGGCAACCACAGUAGAAGAAAUCGAGGAACAAAAACCCCUGAUAUUCCCCACGCCUUCACUGCGCCGCGUAUUGCCAGACAGAAUCAGACAAAUCGAGGAAAGCAACCGUAUACAUGUGCUUCCGAAGGUUUUUAACACCAAUAUUGAUCCUCAGGCUAUACCGAAAAUAGCGUACACAGCACCACAGAAGUACAUAGACAUUUUAGCUGAGAUAGUCGGCUGUAGGAAGUAUAAGAGUAGCCUUGGAGAAUUCUGGUUUUUAGACACGCUGGCCAAUCUGUUGAGGAGGGCGCAGAAUGAGGAGUUCGAUCGGCCAACUCAAGCUGUGCUAAUUCUAUGGUUCUGUGAGUGGAUGAAAGAGAUGCAACACUUCGACGCGGCUGACCGACAGAGAAUGCUCAGGCGUUUUAAAGACAACAUGCUGUCAGCAGCGCGCUUCAUAGCCGUAGCUAACCACCUCCCGACUCCAGACGAAGCCGGGGUAUACUACAUGAGUGAGGAGGAACGUGUCAAAAGUGCUGUCUCCUCAGUGGUCAACGAAUCUAAACAUUUUGUCACCUUCGAGGGCGCAGCCUAUGAAUGCUCAUUGCGGGAUUUGACCAAGAUUAUACAUUAUAUUUUUGACCUUUUCAGCACAGACUACCAAUACAACCUGGUCCGUUCCGUGUUCACGUUCACUCCGGAGUACUUCCUCAUCGACUCGCCCUACCAGAUCCAGAGACCGAAGAGAAUCUACGCGCCCUUGAAGAUCAAGCCGAAGAAGGAUAAGCCUAAAAAAGAACCCAAAGACAAGAAAGGAAAGAAGAAGGAACCCGAUACUGAGGAGUACAUAGCUUUGAUGGAGCUCAAAGCCAGAGACGAGAAAGAGCAAGAGGAAAUGGAGCUGAAAGACAUGGAGGAUUACAACCUGCGCAGCCACAUCCUGCCGCUGGGGUUCGCGGCGACGGACGAACUGUUCGACAAGUACUGGCCGCCGCCGACGCCCGAGCCGGAGCCCGAGCCCGUCGUGGUUGUAAAGAAGGGGAAGGGGAAGAAAUAAACUACAUUAUCUUAACAAAGUUACCUGAUUUCUUCAUGAUUUCACCCACGCUCGCGAGAGUAUGUUUCUCAGAGCGUUUCGAACGGUGCGGCCGCGCUGUCAUUACGAUCUGUCAAUAUUCUUGAGGAAGGAAACAUUUCCAAAAUCAAUCAUUCAUAAAAUUUUACAUUGCCACAGUAGGUACUGAUUAAUAAUUGAAAAGUCUAAUAUAAAAUUUAAUUUUUGUCUUUGUUAACAUUGAAAAAUUAUAUUCAUCCCUCUGUCUCCCUUUUGCCUUGAUCAAACGCGGCGACAAGUGUUUUCAAAAUAAUUUCCUUUAUUUAAGCUAUUAUAUAAUGUUAAUAAAAACAAAAAAUAGCAGGUUACAUUUUUUUAUUCUCUAUUUUCUCAAAUAUAUCAUGAAAGAGAUUAAUAAUGUACAAGAAUAUUGAUUUACACUAGUCUCUUAGAGAUCAAUGCAUAAGAAUACAUUUUUAUUUAUUACUUAAUUAAUUGAGAACACAUACCUAAUAGCUACUUCACAGUUACAAUCACAAAUUGUAAAUUAAAAAUACGGUAAGUAUACGGAAAAUAAAUUUGUGAAAUAGCUGACAAUGAUGUUAUGCGAUCAUCAAUGUAUGCAAAUAAUUAAACCAGGUGAACAUCGAAUGCGUAUACA